AAAAAAUUAAUAUUAAUAAAUUUCGGUGAUCGCCCAAUUUAAUUGUUAGCGAAGCAAUUACGUUACCGGCCGUCGGUUCAGACCUCCGCCAAUCCCCAAGUUUCCCAAAUUGCCGUUGGCGACGUCGAGGAAAGAGCGAGUGAGCCAAGAGAGAGAAGAAGCAGAAACUGGGAAGGCAGCGGAUCAACUGUCGUCCUCUCCAUACCAAACCCUACCCGUCAAUCAAAUUUGGCAUUCCAAUCCAAAUUCUUCUUCUUUUUCAAUAAAUUUCGUCCAAGACCCUGAAUUUUUGCCGCAGGGCGUUGCCGGGACUCGGAUCUGACUAGGGAAAGCAGCCAUGGAUGCUCCGAGCUCGUGGGACGCUUUACGUAAACAGGCUAGAAAACUUGAAGCUCAGUUAGAUGAACAGAUGAAUUCCUAUCGUAAGCUAGUAUCCUCAAAAGGUUCUGCUAAAGUUGAUUCUGAUGAGAAUGAUCUUGAAUCUGGUAUAGAACGAUUAUUAGAUCAGCUUCAACAAGUAAGUUUGCAGAUGCAAGCUUGGGUAUCAUCUGGUGGGUCUGAAAUGGUAUCACAUACCUUGACAAGGCAUCAAGAGAUUCUUCAAGAUCUCAGACAGGAGUUUCACCGUCUUCGUUCGAGCCUGAGAGCUAAGCAAGAACAUGCCUCACUUCUUGAUGAUUUCAGAGAGUUUGAUCGAACAAGACUGGACUUAGAAGAAGGUGCAGACUCAUCAGACCAGGCUCUUCUUAGAGAACAUGCAACCAUUAACCGGAGUACUGGACAGGUGGAUACUGUAAUUUCUCAAGCUCAGGCAACACUUGGUACCCUUGUUUUCCAACGUUCAACUUUCGGCGGAAUCAAUUCAAAGCUCACUAAUGUUAGCAGCCGACUCCCAACGGUAAAUCACAUUCUUUCAUCAAUAAAGAGAAAGAAGUCCAUGGAUACCAUCAUUCUUUCUCUGGUUGCAUCAGUAUGCACCUUCCUUAUAUUCAUUUAUUGGUUGACCAAGUAACCGAAGAUUCAAUUUUCAAGUUCUUUCUUAUGGAGAAUGGAAUGCGUCACAGCAAUCUUGCUUAUUGUUGGAUUUUGGAGGAUCGUCCUCUUCCCCCUGGAGUGAGUACUGCGGUUUCAGUUCACUGAAAAAACAGGAAGGAAAAAAGGACUUACAGCAGCUGCCAGUGCAACUUUGUAAACUUGUAAUAUUUUUUCCGUGAAACAGGAGUGAUCACUUGUAAAGGUCAAAAAGCAUAUCCGGAUUGGAAGUUUAGUGAUCUUUCUAUAUCAUGAACACCUUUUCUCCAAUCCUUCAUUCUCAUUGCUCCGACCCGACGAAGCGACUAGGAUGC